UCAACGGUGAGACAUGGCGGAGUUUGUGGUCCGAUAGAAGGGGCUCUCUGAGUUUUCUUACACUUUUCAACAUGUCGAAGAAACUUAAUUUCGGGUCGACAAUGCCUUCGUAACGUGUGCAGAGCGGAACUUAAAGAGGCAGAGGCGUUUUUUUGGUCGGGAAGGACGGAGCGGCGGUUGGGAAAAUGUGUUGUCAUCUUCGUGCAGUCAACAGCCUUGGGCAACAAAUAUGGCCACUUCUUGUGUAUCCUUCAGUUCGGAUCGAAAACCGUCCCAACCGGGCCGAGCGGGAUAGUUUCGGGGAGUCGCUACAGUAGUAGGAAGUGACUACCGCAGAGAUUAAAGGAGCUGGAUUUGUCCCGAGGCUGGUUUUAAAGCGAAGUGAGUGGGGGGAGAAGAGGGAGAAGAAGAGAUGGAGCCCAAGCAUAAAGAGUUGUUGGAGAAAUGUUACCAGAACUUAGUGGAGUCGAUAACAGAUGCGGACCGAGUUGUGGAUGUUUUGGCUCACUGCGGGACCCUGAGCCAGUCUGAGUGCUUCGAGCUGGGACACAACUGCUCCUCCAACUCGGAAAAAGUGGACCUCCUGCUGAAGAUACUGACAAGUAAGGACAGAGACCAUUUCGCAGAGUUUUGCUCGGCUCUGGAGAAGACGCACCCUCACCUGCACUCAGUACUGCUGAACGGUACCGGACCAGUGGAUCACUCCAGCGGCUCCACUUACAGCAUCUUGUCCACCAUGCCGUCUGACUCGGAGAGCAGCAGCUCCCUCAGCAGCUUAGGUACUACCGGUCAAGCCUCCUCCCCUCCGCCCGCCCACAUGGACACCCACCAGGUGAACGAGAAGAUGGAAACGGUCCUGUUCCAGCUGCGGCACGUGACCCGCGAGAGGGACGAGCUGCGUAAACGCCUCGCUCUCUCGUCACCCGGAACCACCUUCGAUGACUGCAGACCAAACUCAAAAGCGGGUCAUGACUACGAGCGUCUGAAGCUGCAGUGCAUGAAGGCGAUGGCGGACCUGCAGUCCCUGCAGAACCAGCACAGCACCACCCUGAAGAGGUGCGAGGAGGCUGUGAAGAAAGCUGACUUCUAUCACACGCUGCACAGCCGCCUGGUGAGCGAGCAGGCCCAGCUGAAAGAGGAGCUGGAGGCGGUGCGACAAGACAACAUCCAGCUGGUCAGAGAGCACAACCAUGUGAAGCAGGCCUGUGAGGAGCUGAGGAGGCUGCAUGAGGAUGACCAGAGGGAGCUGGCUGACAUGAGGAUGCUACACCAACAGGUGAUGAGAGAAGGCUCAUCUGACGUCCUCAACAAGCUGUACGACUCCGCCAUGGACAAGCUGGAGGCCAUGAAGGGCGACUACGAGGUCCUGAGGAAGCGCUACAAUGAGAACACAGCCAGCCACAAUGCAGAUCUGAGCCGUCUGGACCAGGCCGAGGAGGAGAACCACCGUCUGCAGAAACAGCUGGACAUGCUGCUGAAGCAGAGGGACGCCGCCAUCCACUACCAGCAGCAGUACUCCUCCUCUAUCAGAAGGUUUGACAACACUCAGCAAGAGCUGUCCAAGGCCGCAGCACAGAACAAGGAGCUGCAGAGGGAGAUGGAGCGGCUACAGUCGGAGGCGACACGGCUGAAAAUGCAGCAGCUCAAAGCUGCAAAAGACUCUGAGAAAUACAAAGAGGAGCGUGACUCUGUGAUCAGCGAGUACCGUCUGAUCAUGAGCGAGCGGGACCAGGUGAUCAAAGAGGUGGACCGGCUGCAGACGGGGUUGGAGGUGGCAGAGGCCAAACUAAAAAACACGUCCUCAGAGAGACGGGUGGCCAAUGAAGAGAUGGAGGCUCUCAGACAGGAGCUGGCUUCGGCACUGGUAGACAGGGACCGGGCAAUCUGUGAGAAGAACGAGCUGCUGGAGAAAUACUGUCACGAGGUGAAGGACAAGGCUGAGGCGCAGAAGGAGCUGAGCCAGGCCUGCAAGGACAUCGAGACGGUGCGUGAGGAGAGGGACGUGGCCCGCAAGGAGAGGACUGAGGCCAUCAUCCAGAGAGACCAGCUGCUGCGGGAGUAUUACCAGGCCAGACAGAAACAAGACUCGGCCACUCUGGACAUGGAGCGAGCCAACAAGGAGAUUGACAUGCUGAGGAAGCAAUACGAGGCCAUUUCUCAGGAGCUGAAGGAGGCCCUGCAGGAGGCCGAGGUAGCCAAAUGUCGCCGGGACUGGGCCUUCCAGGAGAGGGACAAGAUAGUGGCUGAGAGGGAGAGCAUACGCACGCUUUGUGACAACCUGAGGCGAGAGAGGGACAGAGCUGUGAGUGAUCUGGCAGACGCUCUGAGGAAUCUGGAUGACAUGAGGAAGCAGAAGAACGAUGCUGCGCGGGAACUUAAAGAACUGAAAGAAAAGAUGGAGGACCAGUUAGAAAAAGAGGCGAGGUUUCGUCAGCUGAUGGCUCACAGUUCUCACGAUUCAGCCAUCGACACGGACUCAAUGGAAUGGGAGACGGAAGUUGUAGAAAUUGAAAAGCACAGAGACAUGGAUUUGAAAGCGCUUGGGUUUGAUAUUGCUGAAGGGGUAAAUGAUCCGUAUUUACCGGGAGAUUGUGGCAUUUUUGUCAGUAAGGUGGAUAAAGGAAGUAUUGCUGAAGGAAGAUUAAGGGUGAAUGAUUGGUUGUUGAAAAUAAACGACGUGGACCUGACCAAUAAGGACAGGAAGCAGGUGAUCAAAGCGGUGCUGAGUGGCGAGGGAGUGAUCAACAUGGUGGUACGCAGGAGGAAGUCACUGGGAGGACGAGUCAUCACUCCGGUUCAGAUCAACUUGGCUGGACACAAAGACAGUGGUAUCGGUCUGGAAAGUGGAGUUUUUGUUGCGUCUUUGGCUCCAGGAAGUCCAGCAGCCAGAGACUGUGCUCUCACUGUAGGUGACAGACUUUUAGCGAUUAAUGGAAUAGCCCUCGAUAACAAAACACUCUCUGAAUGCGAGUCUCUGCUGAGGAACUGCCGGGAUUCUCUCAGCAUCUCCCUUAUGAAGUUCUUCCCACAGAGCUGCUCUGGUCAGAGUUUAGCUGAAAGUUUACGGGACUCUGAGAAGCUCUCUCGUCUCCAACCCUGUGAAAUCCACUCUAGGAGCUGCAGGAACUCAAAGCACAACUGCCCCAAGCACAACUGCUCCACACAGACAGAGGUCUGCAGCUGUGACUUAGGGGGCAGAGGGGACGAUGCAUGUAAAGAUGUAGGCGACUCUCUUGACAGCAGCGGCUCACACUGCCAUCAUAAGCCUUUUUCCAAUGGUUCCCUCCACUCCCGCUCCCUCUCCUCCUCCCAUAGCCCUUCUGAGCCCCACCCGGACUUCUGCUACAGGAGACAAGAGCUCCACCACCGCCCCUUCACCUUUACGCCUGUGAUCUCUGACUGCAGCUCACCUCAGGAGCACCUGCAGAACCCUCCAGUGAAGCCCAGCGGAGGCACGUGGCCUAAAGUAAUAGCAGCAGCGUCGAUUGCAGAGUGCGCACAGCUCUCCAUCUACAAAAAAGUCAAACAGAGGAAAUCCAUCUUUGAUGUGGCUGCUUUCAGGAGACCCGAGGUGCCCUCGAAACUGGACUACAUGUCUUUGUCUCAGAUGCCAAAACACUCACCGCAGAGUUCAGUGUCUGAAUCUGCUCAGACUCCGCCCACCCCGCCAGCUAGGAGCGACUCGUUCAGGUUCAAACACCGGCAGCAGAACAGCUCAGCGAGUGACUCCACCAUCACCACGGGCACUCCUCCGGCCUCGCCGGCUCAGGCUAAGAGUCCGCAGGUGGAGGGAGAGGCCGGGAACCAGUUUUAUUACAGCCAUGCUCCUUCAGGAGAGAAUAAGAAACCAGUGGAGGAAGAAGGGAGUCGACACAGAACAGGGGAAGCGCCAAAGAGGAGGUACCGGCCGAAAUCUGCACCGGCACUGCGGCGAAAUGUGACUCCGUUACACAUUCCCAUCCCAGUGCAGGUGCAGAGUUUCUCCAAUGAUGAGCACUCCCCAGAGCCAAUGGACUUGUUACGCUUCUCUCCUUUACGAACAAAUCGGUACAGCAUCAACUUUGCUCCACCCAGCAACAACAGCAUCACAGGACACCCAGCACAGCGAGGUUUAGCCCCAUGUCCUGCUGUCACAGCUGUGAUGAGGAACCCAGUCUACACCGCCUGGAGCCACGAGAUCCAGAACAACAACAACUGUCCUCCAGCUCCCGGCUCAGGCAUCCACCCACAGCCACACACAAGCCCCCAGCAUCAAGGUCGCCACAGUUUGGACCUCAGCCACAAGCGCAGUGGAGACUCGACAGAGACGGGCUGCAACCAACCACCGCACAGCACCAACUCGCUGCCCUCUAGCGCCAGACUGGGCUCCUCCAGUGCUUUACAGUUUCGAGCGGAGCGCAUUAAGAUCCCUCCAGCUCGAUAUCCUCGCUCUACAGGAUCUGACAGAGGCUCCCUCUCACACUCUGAGUGCAGCAGUCCGACACCUCCGAUGUCCCCCGUCAACCUGGAGACAUCGUCUUUCACCAGUAGCCAAUCCCAGAGCUCCAUCUCCAUCCAGCCUAGGAUAUCAGUCAGCCCCGCUCCAGUUGGUGACAGGCGGAAGGAUGGAUGUGUUUCUUAUAACUCUUCUUCUGUCAGACUUCCUCUGGCAGUAAAGCCACAGUUCCUCUCUUUAAGAUGCUUGAGGCCAUACUUGGAGGAGCCACGCAAUGUGACGGUUCAGAAAGGCGCAGAACCGUUGGGGAUAUCCAUCGUGAGCGGAGAGAACGGGGGAGUGUUUGUGUCCAAAGUGACGGCCGGCAGCAUCGCACACCAAGCUCGCUUAGAGUACGGAGACCAGCUCCUUGAGUUUAACGGAAUCAACCUCCGCAAUGCCAACGAGCAGCAGGCCCGGCUGGUAAUCGGGCAGCAGUGUGAUACAGUCACCAUUCUGGCUCAGUACAAUCCUCACAUGUUCCAGCUGGGAAACCACUCACGAUCAGGUUCCCGUAUGGAGUCCAUCAGCAACCAGCCAACUCCACGUGACAGCGGAGCCACGACGCCAGACAACCACGCUGACUCCCUGAGCGAGCAGGACGAGGGAACCAUGACACCGCCGUCUAAACAGACGACUCCUGCGACCAGCCCUCAGAACUCCUUCAGGAUUGCUGGAUCAAGUAUGCGAGGGUCUGCAGAACCUCGUCUGGUGAGGUUGAAGAGGAUCCAGGCGGAGCUAGGGGUUCAGAUCUGUGGAGGAAACCUUCAAGGCAUUUUUGUGGAGAGUCUGGAUGAUGACAGUCCUGCUAAAUGUCCUGAUGGCCUUUUACCUGGAGAUUUGAUACUGGAGUACAAUGGCGUCAGCAUGAAGAACAAAUCGAAAGAAGAGGCUUACCUGGAAAUGCUGAAACCAGCAGAAACAAUCACAUUCAAGGUCCAGAACUGCGUUGACAGCCUCCCUGAAAUCAAAGAGACACAUGGAGAUGGAUUUUACAUAAGAGCACUUUAUGAGCGUGUGGCGGAGGUAGAGCAGGAGCUGAGCUUUAAUAAAGACGACAUACUAUACGUGGAAGACACACUACCAAAUGGAAACUUCGGCUUUUGGAUGGCCUGGCAGCUGGAUGAGAAUGCACAAAAACUGGAAAAAGGGCAGAUUCCAAGUAAAUACAUGAUGGAUCAGGAGUUCUACAGGAGACACAGCUCUGCUGAUAUAAAAGAUGAUAACGGUACCAGUAAGACUCUGGGGGCUGCUGCACGCAGAUCUUUCUUUCGCCGGAGGCUGAAGCACAAACGCAGCGGUUCUAAAGACGGGAAGGACUUGAUGGCUCUUGACGCCAUCAGCACGGAUUCUUUACCCAUCACUGAGGAUGGAGUGAGCCUGAUGUACCAGCGGGUUCAGAGGGUGGAGUGCUCGUCUCCUCGAGCUGUGCUGGUGCUGGGUCCGUUAGUGGAGGCCAUUAAGGACAUGCUGGUGAAGGAGGCUCCUGAGAAGUUCUGCCGCUGUCUGCCUGAGAUCAUGAAGGCAUCUCAGCAGGCGAUAGAACGUGGAGUGAAGGACUGCGUGUUCAUUGACUACAAACGCAGAAGCGGCCAUUUUGAUGUGACAACUGUUGCAUCAAUCAAAGAGAUCACAGAGAAGGACUGUCACUGUUUACUUGACAUCGCCCCUCACGCCAUUGAACGUCUGCACAGCGUCCACAUCUACCCAAUCGUUGUCUUUAUUCGCUACAAAAACGCCAAACAGAUAAAAGAGCAGAAGGACCCUCUGUACCUGCGGGAUAAACUCUCGCAGAAACAUUCCAAGGAGCAGUACGAGGCGGCGCAGAAAGUGGAGCAGGAGUACAGCCGCUUCUUCACAGGCGUUGUUCAAGGCGGCAGCGUCUCCUUCAUUUGCACUCAGAUCAUGACCAUCGUGGAGCAGGAGCAGAGCAAAGUUCUGUGGAUUCCAGACGGAGCAGCAUAGAGAAUUUUCUCGACUCACUCUCACCUCUCAUCGCACGUCUCUUGUAAAGCAUCAGAAAGGAUGUGGUUUUUGUUUUGAGAAGCAGAGAAACGGUACUUCAAGCAGACAUCACAGCUUUCUCACAAUUAGAAACAUGAAGCACUGAUGAAGAGGACUGUCUAAUAUUCCCACUACAACAGUGAUGUACUGUACAGAUAGAUUUGUUUACACUUAAUACUUGAAGGUUUCCCUCACAAGUAGUAGCACUCCGUUAAUCCACUCUGUCCUGUGAACACGCCAAACCACCACAAGAUGAAGACUCUUAAAAUGAAGAUAAAGCGGACCACCUCUUUAUAUUUAUAUGUAUUUUCCUGCCAUUUAAUUUAUCUAAUCAAUCAAAGAUGAUGCUUAUAAAACUUUGUAAUACAAUGUAGCUCAGUAGUUUAUAGGAAGGCAAUAUUUUCUAAUCAAUGGUCUUAUUUAUAGAAUAAUCAGGGCGAAUUUGCCUCCUACCUUCACAUCAUGUUGUAGUUUUCUGUUCUACUUCGACCUCAUUUCAGCUCUCAUUAUGAGAUUGUGCCAAGCUAAAAAUAUUUGCCAUUAACUCUCCAUUUUUGGAUGCAUUAACCCUAAAACUUCAGUUCUAAGUUAAAGAGCAGGUGUUAGUUUGUCAAAGUUUGUAUGUUCUACUGAUUUUGCCAACACUCGUCUCUUUUUGGAUUUAUAAGAAGGGAUAUUUUAUUUCUGGUUCAUGGUUAACACAAACACACUCACCUUUUUUCAUUGUCAACAUUUCAUGUCUAAGUUUGGAUGAAACACUUCUGGGCAGGUUUUCUCCUAAUGAAGGUUAAUAUUUCUAUAAAAUAUUAAAAACAGAACUAUGAAAGGAA